UUUAAAAUCCACUCUCGUUGAGAGAACUCGCCUGUUUCCGGAGCUAUGCCUCGGUGAUUCUAUUGAAAUCGACGACGAAAUUUGAAACCACCUAGCGACUGGACAAACAGACGGAUCACGAAGAGAAGGCUUAGGGGAUUUAAAUAUAUGUUCAAAUCCAUAACAUGAGCGCUAUGGAAGGUAAUAUAUCCUGAAAUUUUUAUCACAUUUCCGAGGGUAACAAAUACGUGAUUUUGUUGUUUGUUUCUAUAGCUGUAAAUUGCAGCGGAUGCAAAUUCCCGAUUCAAAAAGACGUGCAUUCGGCGCUGGGGCUAAAAUGGCAUCGGAAUUGCUUUAGGUUUGUGUAUUAGUUGUUUAAAUAAUGUUAUCUUGGGUUUUCCUGCUUUGUUAACCUAUUUAUUCCUUUUAUUUACCUGUAUAGGUGUUCGGAAUGUUUGAGUACCAUACCACUCCAUUAUAUGCCUCGCGAUAAUGUUCUGUAUUGCAAGAAGGAUUAUAUUCUAAAAUUUGGCGAACAUUGUCAACGAUGUGUUAAACAAAUCACUGGACCUGUUAUGGUAUGAAAUAAAUGCUAACAUAGAUUAUAUUUUUGAGUAUCUGUCCCCAAAAUCAAGCCACAAUUUAGUUAGAUCUAAGAUCUAUCAUAUAUCAUGUGGACUUGGCAAUUUUAAUUGUCAGGUAAAAAUCACGCUAUUUUAUAUGAUAUUUUAGAUAGUUUAUUAAUUUACAAGGUUUUUGAUAAUAAAGGGACUUUCUUCGGAGCUUAAUUAGAAUUUUUUAGAGUCUUCAAAGAAUGUUUCAGCUUCAUUUUGUAACAAAUUACACUCUGGAAUGUUGAUAUUUAUACAAGGAAAAACUCAGAAUGGUUUAGUAUAGUUUUCUGCACGAAUGUUUAGAUAUUUUUGAAAGAAUUAAGUAAGUAUAUCUAGGCUAUAAAAUCUUCUAAGAUGUCGUUUAGUUUCAAAGGAUGUGAACUAUUAUGCCUGUUAGCACACCUUUCAGACAUAAACAAACUUUCAUAAUAGCUUGUUCACAUUAAAUAUUCUUGACAGCAGUUUACAGUAAUAUCAAGCCAAAAAGCAUGUUUAUGUAUAUUUUCAACACAAAAUGCAAAUUUUAUACCUUUGGAAUAAUUGAUUGCAAAAUCUCUGUUUUUAACUGCUUGUAAACAAGAAGUUCAGCUUUCAUUUGAGUCAUAUGAUAGUCAGAUAAUUUGCCUAUAAAUCCUGUCUCUGUCAAAUUCGAUACUUAUCUUAGUGUAAGGUUACUGUUUUGUCUCGGAUUUACCGACAAACUGCCUUCAAUCUGCCUCAAAUGACAUAUUCUAAACUGAUUAAGACACUAAUGUCACUAAUAUGCAUAUUUUUAUGUCGUACUUUGAUUUCGCCAAGGAGAAACCUCUUGAGUUCAUGUGAUAUAAGUUUCAAAUUUAACCCUUUCGACACUCAAAAACAAAACACAGCCAUCCAUCCAUCAACAAGUAUUUGAAUUUAUUUUAAUCUUAGGUUGCUGGCGAACAAAAAUAUCAUACUGAAUGCUUUGUAUGUACAAAGUGUUUGAAGUUCAUUGGUUAUGGUGAUGAAUAUAUGUUAGUUGAACGACAUAAUUUGUACUGGUAAGUUUCAAUUUUACUUUAUUUUGUACUUCAUUGGCGAGUUUCAUUAUGAAGCACUAAUGUCAACCUGCAGUUUAUUAAAUAUCAGAACGAGAAAACAAUGUUAAUUAUUUCCAUUAUAUGUUGUAUUUAAAGGCAAACGAAUGAAAUUGAGAGAUGUAAUUUAAUUUUCUUGCUCCAAAGUUGACCAUCAUCUGUUGAAACUAUAAGCUUACUGCAACGCAUCAAUAUUGGCAUCAGCAUAUGGCAAACGCGUUUAAUAUUUAGUUCUUUGAGAAUAUUACUUCAUCGUGAUCAAGCCUGCAUUUGCUUGUAUUGGGUCGAAGAAUCUCUUAGAGUUAUUUUUUGAAAGAUUUCUUUGUGAUAUGUGUGGGGGACGAUUAAGAUUGCACACUGCUUUACUGUCGAGCUGUCUAGAACUUUGGUUGUUUUCGCUUAUUAUUCUCUUUUGUUAUAGCUUUGUGUAUUUGACAGCAGGGUGUAUGGACAAUAUAUACUAGUAUAGUUGAUCAGUUAGUGACCUCUAAAUUAUUUAGUGCAUAAGCUAUGCGGAUAUAUAACAAUCUUGAAGCAAUAUUUUCAAGGAAAUACAUUAAAUAUCAUUUGGAUUACGUAGUUGCGAGUUAUGUGUUGCUAUAGAUAUUCAAUUUGAGAACAGAUUUAUAUUCUAGUUUCCUGCAAAACAGUGUGAUGCCUGAUAAAUAUAUACAAAGUAACAUAUUGGUCUGAUUUACUCACAACAUAUAUCCAUGGGCAGACAAUUUCUGUUUGUCUUUGAAAUACUUGUUUGGGGUUCAGCUUUGAGCUUUAUAUAUUUGCAUAAGGAAUUCAAUUAAUUUGUUAAUCAAUAAUUAGACAAUUAAUGAAUACAUACAACUUAACUGGGACAAAAUGAAUUGUAUGGUUGAGUACCAUGAAUAUGAAUGAGUAAAAAAUUCUUGGGUGGUAUUUCAAGUUAGAGUAUUUAUAAGUGGUUUCACUAAGCACUAUACAGCAUGCUAAUUACUUUCAUUAUUAUACAUAGUAGUUUCGUAUUUUUUUGUGGUAAAUAAAUAGAAUGUGUAGUUUAGAUUAUUUUGUCAUUCUGACAACUGCAGGAUGACCGUCAUCUCCUGCACGAUAGUGCUUAGUGAAACCUUGAAUAAUGCUUCCAAGCUCAGACAUUGGGAAAAUAAUGAUUUUUUUUCUAUAUUUAGCAAUGAUUGUUACAAACAUUCAAUCCUCCCAGCAAUAAGUACACCAGUGAGUAAACUGGGACGCUGUCAUACAAUCCAGCACAUCAACCUGGCACCAACGCCAGUCGGUCGACGUAAAUUUUCUGUUCUUAUUGAGAAAGCAAACAACAUCAAUAAGCUGCUGCGUUCAGCGGCAAGUUUGGCUCAGAAUGGUGAGAGACGGAGCUUCAUCGCAAUCGAAAAGUACGUUGAUCAUUUAUUGAGUACUGGUUAGCUCUAAACUGUUCUCUCCAGAGAUCCAAUAAGGAUAAUCCCUUAUAUUGAUCCACUCUAUCAGUUCUCAACUGUUCUGCCUAGAGAUCCAGUAAUUAAGGGUCAUCUUUUAUUGAUCCAAUGUUACUACAGGAGGAAACCUAAACUAAACUAACUUUAUUUGUACUGGAUAGUUCUAUCAGUUCUAAACUAUUCCACCUUGAGGUCCAGUAAGGAUCAUCUCUUAUUGAUCCAACUGGUGUUACUACAGGAGGAAACCUAAACUAACUUUACUUUCUAGUGGAUAGCUCUAUCAGUUCUAAACUGUUCUCCCUAGAGGUCCAGUAAGGAUCAUCUCUUAUUGAUCCAGUGUUACUACAGGAGGAAACCUAAACUAAAUUAACUUUAUUUAUACCGGAUAACUCUAUCAGUUCUAAACUGUUCUCCGUAGAGAUGCAGUAAGGAUCAUCUCUUAUUGAUCCAGUAUGGUUACUACAGGAGGAAACCUAAACUAAACUCACUUUAUGUUCUACUGGAUAGCCAGGGAUGCCGGAACUGGGGGAGGGGCAGGAGGGGCAGCUGCCUCUCUUGCCUUUUGCUAGGAGGGGCAAGGGGGGCAGAAGUGUCCUUUGAGUUGUACUAUAAAUCAAUACUACCUGAUAAAUCACAUUUCCAGCGAUGCUUUUUGGGCAAAAUCAUGAGGUGUGAUCUUGAAUGUGACCUGAAUAAGUGUGUUUGCUUUCAUUGGCAAGUCAACACAUUAUUGUAGGUUUAUAUCUUCACCGGGAUCUAUAGAGGUGCCCUUUGGUGUGUGCUUGCCCCCCUUUGCCUUUUUAUUGUUCCGGCAUCUCUGUGGAUAGCUCUAUCAGAUCUAAACUCUUCUCCCUAGAGGUCCAGUAAGGAUCAUCUCUUAUUGAUCCAGUGUUACUACUGAGGUAAACCAGAGCAGCACGAGAAAACCUGUGGUGUUUGGUAGAGUCAAACUUGAAGCACUCUUCUCACAUGCAACUGUGCAUAUUGCAGGAAUCAAAGUCACAGAGGUGAAAGCACUAACCACUGCAAGACUAUCAUCACCUCAUCUAUUAGGAAGACAAAAUAGUUACUGUACCUAUAUAUAACCUAUUGGUCAUAUUCUCAACUGUCAUUGAUUGUUAACUUUUAAGAUGAAAUCACCAUGGUUAUAGAUUGCAGACUGAGAGAUUUAAUUCCAAUAUUUUAGUGUUGAUGCAAGCAGUGAGUUGAAAGCCAGGGGGGUGCAGAGCGGAGAUAAAGUUUUGGAAGUGAAUGACAUCAUGGUUACUGAUGCCACAGUGGAAAAGGUAUGCCAAACUUCAUAAAAGUUAAGUAAAGAUGUUACAGUGUUACGACUGGGUAAAAGCAGAAUCUGACUGAUACACUUUACUGUUUAUCACACUUUGGCACCAAUAGCCUCAUUUCAACGUUUGCCUGUUUUAGCAAGGGAGGCGAACAUGAAGGUUAUAUCCCCGGUUUCUUGCAUGGAUAUGUUUCUCUUUGAUCUUGAGCACAAUCACAAAACUAUCCUUAACCUUAUUGUGCUCUAAACAUGGGGAAAUAAGUUCAUGGAAACAAGGCCAUUGAGUGCAAUAAACAGUACAGUCUAGUUUUUACCAGUUUGAAACUCUUAUUCUUGGGGCCCACAGUAAUUGGUAAUUACGCUGUUGCGAAUUCCCUGCCACUAUGUAAGGGAUGGACCAUUAGAAAAGUGAUGGGGGAGGGGAUUUUCUAAGAGGCAAUAUAUAUAUUUUUUGUACACCUAUAGAAGAAUUUUUUUCUCACUUGAUGGCUGGAAUUUUUUUUUUAAGUGAAAUUUAUAGGCCUAUCUUCCAAGCAAGGAAUUUUUUUUUGCACUAUGCCUGGGAAGAUUUUUUUUUCCUAAUUUUUUUCUGGGAAUAAUUUUUUGGGGGGUUUUGCCCCCCCCCCCCCUUUGCUAAUGGUCCAUCCCUAAUAUGUAUAAGGCGAAUUAAAUACAUAAAUAAAAAUAAAUAAAUUAAAUUUGAGUUCAAUAAUAACCACUAAAAGUUUAGUGAAAAUGUUUCUUCCAGCUCUCUCAAAUAAUCUCCAACCCUCAGCGAGUGCAGACUCUCACCAUUGAGCGAAACACAGCCAAUCAACCUCCCCCUCUGGAAAUAAACCAACCCACAAAACCAGACACCAUCAAAUCACCUAUCACACGGUCGCCUGUUGGUAGGCAUCCCUCUCUGGAUCUAAUAGGUAGCCCAAAUUACGACCAGAAGUUCAAGAGACACCAUAUGCCUUGGGAGGAAGACACUUUUGAGAAUGAGGAUUCAAAUUCUACAGACAGAAAAACACGCAAAAAACCAGAAAGAGCGAACUCGUUGCCUCGGAGGUAAUUAGAAUAUUUUGCGUAAAGCGGCUUUUGCUUGAAAGAGAAAGCUGACAGAUAAUCUAUCUGUGAAUAGACAACUUGCAUGUUAGACUAAUUUUUGAUCUAGUCGGAAAAAAAAGUAAAUUCCCGUAAAAUUAGUAAAAUUGCAAAAUUUGGUUACGAAAUGUUGUAAAAUACGGAAAAUAUAUCCUUGCGAAGUUUGCAUAUUUUGUAUAUGUUUGUAUUACCUGCAGAAAUUGUUACCAUUUUUGUGCCGAAAAUGGUAACAAUUUCCGCAUGCAAUACAAACAUAUACAAAGUUUGCGGCAAACUUUGCAAGACUAUAUUUUCCAAGCUUUAUAUAAUUUCGUACCCAAAUUUUGCAAUUUUACUAAUUUCAUUAUGUUCUUUUUAGCUGUGGUGUUUGAUUCCCUUCUCUUUACUUUAUAGAUUAAAUUUAGUCUAACAUGCAAUUUGUCCAUUAGAUAUAUAUAAUAAUGUGCCACUCUAUAUACAUCAGGCAACGGUUCUGGCAACAAAAGUUAAGACGCAAGAGCAGUAUACCUCAUGAGCAGACAAACUGUCAAGGGUGUGUUGACUACAAAAUUUUUGUAGUUCGCUAUAUACUACAGCUACUUUAAAAAUAUGUAGUCAGCUACAACUACUGCUACUUUUGCUAUAGCUACUGCUUAAAAAAUGUAGCGAACUAUUUCGCUACACUAUAUUUUUUAGUUUUACUAUAUAUUUGGAGCACCUACUAACUCAGGCUGUAAUCUAACUUAUAACAAAUCGACUUACGAGUAGCAACAAUAAGCACAAAGCAACAUUUGUAAGCACUACAGUGUUCAGGAGUGCAAAAAUAACUAUCGAGUAUUGAUUUUAAGCAAACCUUGUCUCAAUAUCAUGCUAUUCUAUCAAGUUGCUAACAAUUUUAAAAAGUAGCGAAUAGCGAUUCGCUGUUUGAAAAGUAGUCAACUAUACUUGGCUACUUUUAGACAAAAUGUACUGGCUACUUGAAAAUUGUAGUUCACUACACCACAACUACUUCGCUACUACUCACCCUUGCAAACUGUUCACAUAACUUCGAUUGAUAGGGAUGCAACUACCUGAAAAAUUCAAGGAGAACUUCGACGUUUCGAGCGAAGGCCCUUCAUUGGGAAGUUACUACCUUCGCUGACAGUCUGACAAAGACCGUUCAAAAAACAAAACUACUUACAUUUUUGUAUGCGUGCCAAAGCAUGCAGUACUUAUAUGCUUUCAUUUGCUUCGUUAGAGACUAAUUAAAAGUACUUGUCUAAGUGUCUUUCUUUACAAACCACACUUAAGUAACAAUUGUCAAUGAAUUCACAUAAAAUACCUCACAUGAUUUCGAAUGUUUUGACUGUUGGCGUGGUGAUGAGCCGUGAGAAAGACGCAAAUAAUGUAGGCUUUACUUUGAGCAGUAGCUUUUGGCCUCACUCGAACAAACAACAUUCCCGUAUAAUAUGCUACUGAAGGACAACUUUGUACGUUUAAUAACGUAGCCGUUUGAACAACAACGACGUGCUAGAAUGCUCAAGGGAAUGCAAGUUAUAGUUGCCUUUGUCUGAGAGUAAAAUAAUUCUUUUACUGCUCAGAUAGUCCAUCUUGACCACUUUUGACGGGUGAUCCAUUUAUUUUGCGUUAUUCACAGAGAAAUUACCAAACGAACUUUCUUAUCUUUGCGCAAGUUCGUCCAGAAGGAUCAUGCGUCAAACUUUUUCAAUAAUUUUUUUGUAGUAACUCCACGGACAACAAUAAUGUUAUGAAGUGUAACUCUCCACUGCAUCGCUCACAGUCUAUGAAAGCUGAAGCGGGACAGUAAGUGUCUAUGCUUUAUUUAUCUACUCAUACAACGCAACCCUUUGCACAACAGUUAGCUUUGCACACGCAAAAAUCUCACAUCUUGUAACGAGUUUGUCAACAAGCCGCUCGUCAACAAGUUGUCUUCGCACUGCCUGUCACAAGUUGUCAACAAGUUUAACAAGUUCGAUACAGUCAUGAUAUAGCAGUAUUGUUACAACCUUGUGUCGUCAACCUUGUAACAUUCUUGUUUAUCACGACUGUAUCAGACUUGUUAGAACAACCUUGUGACAAGCCUGAUGAUGCCAUCAAGCUUGUUACAAGUUGUUAACAGCUUGAUACAAACUUGUUACAACAACUGGGAACAAGCAGGUGCGAACAUAACUUGUUGACAGUUUGUGAACAUAUUUGUAACAACUUGUUUGCAGACUUGUGACAACUUGUGCGUUUUUACGUGUGUACCAUCCAGUCAAGAUCCAGUGUUCGGAAUGUCCCAUAGUCUUUUCCUUGUUUUUAAAAUAUCUUCAUGAUUCAUUCCUUUGAAAAUAUAUGCAAUAUCCACCUCUGUUUAAUUUCUAGAGUAUUUCGUCCAUCAGAUCUCAUCGUUGGUGAAGUCAUUGGUAAAGGGUUCUUUGGUCAAGUUAGUAAGGUACACAGAUAUGUUAAUAUCCAAUAUUUUGGCCAUCUCGCUUGUUGGAAUGGAAUGUUGAACGAUUUUUCUGAUGGAAAUGUCGAGGGAAUAUUAUAUGCAUAUGGUAGACCUGACCGAAAACAGCUGCAAAAAGUGCAUAUCAGUGUCUAAAAAUGUAUAUAAAUUUUCGGUUAAAAAGUUCCAUCUGCAAGUCCUGCAAUGCAUCUUCUAUAUCGCGCAGAUAUUACAGACAUUUUUAUCAUUUCUUGUUGCAUGUUAUCUUCAGCAGUCUGGGAGUAAUAAAUUAGUCUGAGAGUAACUCGAUAAUUUGUUUAUUUAUAGAAAUUACUUUGUAGAAAUAUUUUAGUCUAAGUUUGUUUUAACCCUGAUGAUGGACGCUCAGUCCGAAAGCUUGGUUUUUAUUUAGUUUUUAACAUUAUAUUUUAAUAAUAAGGAUUUUUUAAUAGCCACAGACGACGGUGUUAGUUUUAGAGUAGCCAAAUGGAGUCGAAUAAUUUGCCGAAAAUUGACUGUUCCAACGAAGACUGAAUCAAACUCAAGCUAUUUUGAAUAAUCAUAGGUAGUACAUCGUGGCACAGGGAAGGUGAUGGUCCUGAAAGAAUUGAUAAGGUGUGAUGUUACCGCUCAAAAACAAUUUAUUAAAGAGGUAAGUUAAUCAAUCAAAUAAUCAUUUCCAUUGCUUUCUAGCCUUCACUGAUGUUUUCCGUUUCAUCGUUUCAGGUGACCUUACUUAAAACGCUCGAGCAUCCGAAUGUUUUAAAGUUCAUUGGUAUUUUAUACAAGAAUAAAGUAUUAAGUUUUAUCGCAGGUGGGGUGAAUUAACUUAUAACAAAAAAACAAAGUAGGUUGACCGUGUUAAUAAUGCAGUCGUUUUUAACACCUACACUAACGUAACUUACCCAUGUGGAUGGUUAGGUAGGGUGGGGUGGGGUGAGAGGUCUGCAGUUUGUUAGUUUACCAAACAAUUAGCCAUUCCGAAGUUGGUGAGUGGACUGGGGACGAGUGUUAAAAAGUGUCCAAAUUAAGAAAUGAACCAAAUCACUAAAACGAUCACCUCAAAAUGAGCAAGUAUACAAAGUUUGAAGACGUUUACAUGAAUACCCUUCGAAUAAUAAGCUUUCGAAAAUUGUGAAAUUACUGAUUAAAAGAUUGUUUUUGGGACGCGCGUCCCCCAAAACAAAAAUUACAGUACAUUUCAUAGUAAAUAUUGCGAUUUUCGAAAGCUUAUUAUUCGAAGGGUAUUCAUGUAAAUGUCUUCAAACUUUGUAUACUUACUAAUUUUAAGGUGGUCGUUUUAGUGAUUGGGUUCAUUUCUUAAUUUGGGCACUUUUUAACACUCGUCCCCAGUCCUCUCAUCAACUUCGGAAUGGCUAAUUGCAAUUACUUAAUUGGAUUCAGGUCAUGAAACCCGUCCCCAGGCUCGCGCUGUUAAUACCUUAGUUGUUAACCUUGGUUAUUGCAUAAUCUCACAUGAAAUAAUUUCCCGUCAUAGAAUAUAUAACUGGCGGAACGCUAAGAGGAAUACUGAAGGACCAAUCACGUGACUUAUCUUGGUCUCAAAGGGUUAAAUUCGCCAAAGAUAUUGCACUUGGAAUGGUAAGUUGACAGAUCUGCUGCACAAGUGUUUACAAGUACUUGAGAAAGCUUCAGAUUGAAAACGAUACAACUCAGUGACAAACACAAGCAGAAUUUCGACGUUCUCCUUGUAUUUUUCAGGUAGUUAUAUCCCUAUCCAUCUGAAGCUUUCUUAUUAUUGGCAAUACCUACACUGGCACACAUCGUACCAGAAUGUUUACCAAAGAUGUCUAUUUUAUUAACUUUUUUCUCAAUCUUUCAUUGCAGGAUUAUCUUCACAAAAUGAACGUGAUUCAUAGAGACCUCAAGUCCAAAAACUGUCUCGCCAGAAAAGAUGAGGUAACAGCUCAUCUGUCUUUCUGUGACUGGCGAUUGAUUUCUGUGUGCCAUAUGUCACAUGACUCCUGUAGUAUCAUUGGAUCAAUAACGAAUGACUCUUACUGGACCCCUAGGAAGAACGGUUUAGAACUGAUACCGCUAUCCAGUAGAAAUAAAGUUAGUUUAGUUUAGUUUAAUUAGGUUUUCUCCUGUAGUAACACUGGAUCAAUAAAGCCUGGUUCACACGAUGAAAUAAGCAUAAGCAUAAGCAUAAGCAUAAGCUAGCGGAACCUUUGAUGUAAGCAUAAGAAGAACGCAACAUUUGUUCUUCUUAUGUUAUGCUUAUGCUUACAUCAAUGGUUCCGCUGCUUGUGCUUAUGCUUAUUUCAUCGUGUGAACCAGGCUUAAGGGAUGACUCUUACUGGACCUCUAGGGAGAAAGAUUUAGAACUGAUAGAGCUAUCCAGUAGAAAUAAAGUUAGUUUAGUUUAGUUUAGGUUUUCUCCUGUAGUAACACUGGAUCAAUAAGGGAGGACUCUUACUGGACCUCUAGGGGGAACAGUUCUGUGGUUAAUAUCUGAUAGAGCUAUAUAUCCAGUAUCAGUAAUCUAAUAUUCAUUAUAAUAUCAGGGUAUGACAAUUGUCGUGGCAGAUUUUGGUCUGGCAGGAAUAAUGAGUAUCAAUGAGGAACAAACAAAUGGUCGAGAUCAAAACAACAAUGGAAAUAAACAUUCCAAUCUUUUAUCAGCACGCCCACCUCCACCGAAGAAACGGUAAUUACUCUUUGUAUAACACUCAGAGCAUAACAAAUAGUACGUUGUCUAUAAGCCUACGUUUGCACUAUACCAGAUAGUUUUCCGUAGCGGCGCGAAAAAGCAUCUAUCCGAUACGGAAUGUACAACUUUCAGAAGCUGAGCGAAAUAACAUCUUGCCGUUGUAGUAAUUCCUUUGAAAAUAGCGUUCCUAAAAGGCACGGGUGGGUAUUUUUUCACGUCGCUACGGAAAACUAUCCGGUACAGUCUUUGCCUACUAAGUUUUCUAACAAAGCUUUUAAUUUUCGCUGCUGUAGAACAACCGUCGUGGGUUCGCCUUACUGGAUGGCUCCCGAAAUGUUAAACGGUAUUGUUACAUUUUUCACUUGUAAAGCUGCUCUGUAGGGCAUCUAUUCUAAACUUUUUUUUAUUAUUGUUCAAGGAAAUGCUUAUGAUGAACGCGUGGAUAUUUUUUCAUUUGGAAUUAUUGUUUGUGAGGUAGAUAAAUGUUUCUUGAUGUUUUCCAGAUGCUUUUAUCUUUUAAACUUCUACUACAUAUCCCAAGUUAUAUGUUCUGCCAGGACCGUAUUUUCACAUAUUUUCUAUAUUUUAUUUUAAAGAUUAUCAGUAGAGUGAAAGCAAAUCCUGAUUUUAUUCCUCGAACGAAAGUAAGUCUCCUCUCAUGUUCCCACGUCUUUUCCUUCUCUUUUCAUUCUAUAAGGGACCGGUCAUUAUUUAUGGUCUGGUCGGUGUUGAAGAGAAAAUGGGUGGGUAAACAAAAUUUUAUGGGUGGAAAUGGGUGGGUUGAAUAAAAAUUCACCAAGCCAAGUAAAUUGACAAAAUUAAGUUAGGGUGGGUCUACGAUUUUUGAAUGAGUGCUGGGGUUGGGUAGAGAAAAAAUAAUUUUUUUGAAGGUUGGGUCCCUAAAUAAUUUGGCCAAGAUUAUAUGUCCAUACCAUCUCAACCUUGCUUCCUAAUCUUUUCAUUCCAUAAUGUCUCUGACCAGCUCUCCUUCAUCUCUUAUUACAUGUCCGUACCAUCUCAGCCUUGCUUCCCUCACCUUCUCCGUAAUGUGUACCACCUCACAUCUUCUGAUCUCUUCAUUCCAUAAUGUGUCUGACCAGCUGUCCAUCAUCGCUUCUUAUUACGUGUCCAUACCAUCUCAACCUUGCUUCCCUCACCUUCUCUGCAAUAUCUACCACCCCACAUCUUCUAAUCUUUUCAUUCCAUAAUGUCUCUGACCAGCCUUCCUUCAUCUCUUUUUAUUAAAUGUCUAUACAAUCUCAGCCUACGGCCACUUUUGAAUUCUUCAUUCCAUAAUCUUGUUGUUGUUUUUCAGGCAUUUGGUCUGGACGAGCCAUCGUUUGAGGGAAAGUUUUGUGAAAGUUGUCCGAAAUCGUUCUUUCAAAUUGCUUGUUUAUGUUGUGAUCUGGACCCCAGUGCCAGGUAAUAUCAACAAUAUUAAUGAUGAUAAUGAUUUCGCCCUCAUCAACUAUCACCUCUUAGUAUAAUUUCAGUAUUGAAAAAUUUCAGUAUUGACUAAUUGUUAAAUAGAAAAGGUAAUGUCAAUUACAAACAGUGUGGUUGCCCGAGACUUGUGAGCCGGGUAAGAGACAACUCAUUAAUGGACCAUUUGCAUUAUAGACUAAAUUUUGAUCUGGACAAAAAUUUCAUCACAGCUUGAAAGAGCAUCACAAAAUUAGUAAUAUUCCAAAGUUUCGUUGCGAAAUGUUGUAAAAUGCGGAUAAUAUAGCCUUGCGAAGUUUGCCGUUUUUCAGCAAUUUUGUAUUACGCACGGGAAAUUGACAGCCCAAUCGGGUGUUGGGGCAUCAAUUUCCCGUUCGUAAUACAAAAUGACUGAAAAUUGCAAAUUUCGCAAGGCUAUAUUAUCCGCAUUUUACAACAUUUCGCAACGAAACUUUGGAAUAUUACUAAUUUUGUGAUGCUCUUUCAAGCUGUGAUGAAAUUUUUGUCUAGAUCAAAAUUUAGUCUAUAAUGCAAAUGGUCCAUUAUUAAAUAGAAAAGAUAAUGUCCAUUACAAACAGUGUGGUUGCCCGAGACUUGUGAGCCGGGUAAGAGACACCUCUUUAACCACAUCUAUACUUGAUGAUAUUAAACAUUGAAAUCCACUCUGGCUACUCGCCCCCAAUGAGCUCCUAAAUAUCAGGAGUAAGAACUUCAGUCAUUCGGCCUAUGAGAAAAGUGAAGUCAAGAUGGCGGUCAUUGACGUCCAAUAGCUCUGAAGGUCGUAAACAGAUUUUAUACCAUUUUCCCAGCUAAUUCCAGUUUUUUUCUAACGGAUCGUAUCGCUAACCAAGUUAUCAGUGCGUAAAACCAUAGUAUUAUUCUUUAAAUCGAUGUCAAAAUACGAAAUUUCGGCACACUCCUUGCCAAGAUGGCGGAAAUUGAAGAGCUACCGUAAACCUCCGACUAUAAGCCCUGGGCUUAUAUUCUUUCGUAAGCGAUUUUUGAUGGGCUUAUACAAGGGGGGGGGGGCUUAUAUACGGGUGGGGGCUUAUACAUGGACGAUCCUUUGUGUUAGUGUAAUAGUGAUAAACAAGUAUAGUAAUAGUGAUAAACAAGUGUUAAGCAUAGUAAUAAUAGUGAUUAAUAGUGAUAAUAGUGAUAAACAAUGCAAUAGUGAUAAACAAGUGGGCUUAUAUUCGGGUGGGGGCUUAUAUUUGGAAUGAGGUGGGCGUUAGUGCAUGUGGUGGGCUUAUACACGGGGGGGGCUUAUAUUCGGGGGGGGGGGCUUAUAAUCGGAGGUUUACGGUAUUGGACGUCAGUUCCAGUGCUUUCUAUUAUUUCUGUAUGCGCGGUUAACAUGAAGCUGGCUUCACUUUUUGUACUCGCGUUCUCACUCCAGAUAUAUAUUAAGCUCAGUGCUCGCUCCUCACACUCGGUCGUCUUUUCAAUUUCAGGCCGACAUUUUCUUCCCUCAGUCACUGGCUGGAAGCUUUGUUAGUCCAUCUGGAGGUCGGUAUGCCAUUGCCGAGUGACGUUGCGUACUCGCUUUUACCAAAAAGCUUAAAAACAUCCGUCGUUAUAGACGCGAAAGAGACGGAUCUUGCACGGUGAAAUAUUGUUGGGUUUCAAUAAGCGUUACAGGGCUAGAAAUUGUGGUCAACUUCAGAAAUAUUGAGUAUCAUGCCAGUGAUCCUUUGGGCGCUUGGCGUCCCAGAAAAUGGCUUACUCUUGAGAUAUUUAUAACUGAUCUCCAAUAUUUACUUGGUAUUGGCCAGGGGCGGCGGAAAGUCGAUAAUUGAGAGGGGGGGCUGAUAUUCAUAUAUUCAUGUUCUGCAUCAUUUAUUUCCUUUGAAAGCGAUUGUUUUUACAGUCUGUGAACACGAAUAUAUGAAUAUCAGCCCCCCCCCCCAAUUAUCGACUUUCCGCCGCCCCUGGUAUUGGCCCAUAUUUAUCGGAAUCCUAUUGAAAAACAACUCAACUCGUUAGGAAAAGAAUUUCUCACUCUGAUAACUGCAGGUUGACCACCAUCUGCUGCACGAUAGUGCUUAUUGAAACUGGAAUGAAAAUUGUUAAAAUAACCAUAAAAUUGGUUAAAAUGGUCAGAUGGCUCGGAUUCUAUUUGAAUGCAGGCCAGUCGAGUUCUAACGCGAGACAACCAGGCAUCUAGCACGACCUAGACUAAUUUAAAAUGUAUAUAUGCAUCUACAUAUAGACGGAUUUAUAACGUGGUACGGCCCCUUUUUUUGCUCACAGAUGAGAUUUUAAUUAAGCACAAACAAAGAAAAUGUUAAUAUAGGAGUUUCGUAUAGAUAUAUUUAAUAUGGAAGAUAAUUAUUAAAUGUAGAAUAAAGUCGGAAUAAUUGUUUAGCUACUAAAUUAAAUUAACCAUUAAUAAUUCAUGAGUAAAUUAGCCAACCAUAUUGCCUUAUU